AUAAGGUACUUUCAUGCUCCAAGCUGUGCUGUUUAUCAAGAUCCCGAGCUAAGAAUAAGCCGGCUCACAGUUCAGCAGUGCGGUGUUGUUAACCUGAACCUACCUCAACAUGUUUGUCAGCUUUAAUCACUCAGAACUCGAAAACACUUUAGCUUGCUGAGAACGACAUGGAGACAAAAGCUAAUCCUGGGGUCACUGACGCUAUGGAGUCGGAUCUUCUUCGCAGUGUCCACGCUAUCCUGCUGGAGUUAGAUGGGCAUCACACGGCUUCUCAGUUCAACAGAGGAAUGCUGAGAUGGACCUUGCACAAGAAAAUUGAAAGAAACCCCACCAACAACAGCACCUUAGUUAAAAUUGCUGUUAAAGAACUAGAGAGGGCAGAGAGGUCUGAUAACAAGCUUCACAUUAUUCCUCUCCUUCACACACUCAUGUACGCUAUAGUACAGGCCGUUUACAUUCCAGAUGACCUGUACAAGAGAGUUUAUGAAUUCUGUAAAAGGUUACUGACGCUGCCCCAGCCCUACUGCACAGUUGGACUCAGUCAUGCAGUUCGCGUAAAAAGCGAAAGACUGACCCCAGGUGUUCUGUACCAGAGGAUGGUCCUUUCUGAACAAAACAUUAAAAAUGAACUAUACCAGUAUCAUGAAAAAGUGUUCGUGUUUGCAGACCCUGCACUGUUCUCAAUGGAGAUGAGCGCGGCUCUCAGCAGUGAGAUUGAGCCAGCCAGCCCCUGCAAGAGCCACAUGAGCUACAUGUGUGAUGUCAUCGUGCACACCAUGCAGGCUGCGCUGGGGGACAGCUGUGACGCCCCGGCGCUGGAGCACAUGCUGAAGGUGAAAGGCCAAGACAUGAUCAAGCUGUGUUUCCGGGAAGUGGUGGCGACUGUGGAGGUGUGUGCAGAGGAAGCUGGAGGAAACCACAGCUUGUACACAGGCAGGCUGCAACAGCUCUAUAGAACCAUCGUCAACUCUGCAAACCCAGGGAAAGAACUUGCAAAAUUCACCAGGUCAACGUCCCCCAACGAACUUCUCUCCAGUGAUUCUGUAUUGCUUGAGAUGCCGGACCCUGUUUCGGACCUCACCUCCAGCGAGCUCCUGCGGCUCUCAAUCCUGUCGACAGACAGCGGCAUCGAGAGAGACCUGCCCCCCAGCGAGCUGCCGGCCGUCAGCGAGGAGCCCUCUGCUGGCCGCAGUGAGCAGGAGCAGGGGAGGCUGUUCAGGAGGGGUGGGAUUAAGAUGAAGCCCUCGGUGUCGGAUGGCGUGGCUCUGCUGCAGGACACCCUGGAGGAGACGAGAGCGAGCCCCCCGGGGAAGCUGCAGAGGAGAUCGGGGAGCCACGAGUUACCAGGCGGCAGACAGCAGAAGCUCUAUACAGCUCGUAUUGUGGUGAUGGGUGACGACAGGAUUGUAGGAAGACUUGCAAAGGCCUACUACUCACUAAGGAAAAGGGAAGCAAGACGACCGUUUCUGACACAAAAACUGAGCCUGCAGAUUUACUACGUACCAGUAACUCAUGAGGAACAGAGUUCUUCUUCCACUAAGGAAAAUACUGCAGGAAGUGAUCUGUGUCAGCUGGCUGCAUACCUGGGCAGGGUUGAUCCGUGGUACGAAAACAACAUCAGAAGUCUUUGUCAUAUGAUACCCAAGCUGGCAAAAAUGAAAUCCUUCUCUGGUAAAUCCUCAGAGGCAAACCCCUUCCUCGCUGACGUCAUCUCCUACUACGUGAGAAUGGGGGGGCAACCUGUCCACUUCUGCAUAUACUCAGUCAAGAUCGCAUUUACCUGCCUGACCAAAGAACACGUAGAGGAUGUGUUUGUCACCCAGCUCCAGGUUGACAUCCCGGAAUGUAUGAUCUUUUCCGGUACAGUGAAAGGAAAAGGUACUCUUACUCGGAAGAAGAAUAUCACAGAGAAUUUUGGAGCAGUGAUGACGAUCUCCUACAAAAAGGCAUCUCUAAGCAACAGGGAAGUUGAGAAAGGGCUGUCGUUACAAACAUCUGGGUUGGUUAUGAAAGCUAUUCCCUCCUGCGAAACUGAAGACCUUGACUGUCUGAUUGUCAGCUUCUCUGAGGGAUCCAAGGCGAAGGCAGGUGUGGACGGCAAGAUUAGGACCUGCAAUAUUAAAAUCGGGACGCUUGAGCAAAAACCUUUCACUGUUUGUCUUGACCAGGACUACCGGAGGAUCUUUAAGAAUGUUGCAAGUAUUGAAGUAUCGCCUUGCUUGGAGCCUGGGUACCUCAUUCAGAAAAUGCGGAAUUCAAGAUUCAGCGUGUCUGACCAAGAAGACAUCGGACUGACCAAAUACAUGUCCAAGGCGCUUCCACUGCCAAUCAACACGUUUGCUGGCAUCAUACAAUGACAGUCGAGGGGGUAAAAUACAACAGGUGCUAACUACAGCACUUUACAGAUGUGUACGGAUGUGUGCCACUGUAAGCAUGAGUUCCUAGGUUCACAAAAGUUGUGUUCAUCUGCAGCAGGCACAACUGAUAUCACGGCAUAUAAAAAACUGGUGCGACUGUGUUUAACAUGUGACCUUGUUUAGAGCCAGCUCCCUUCUUAGAGUAUCCUUCAUAGCAUUAUCACCGGCUUCAUAUGGUGACGAAACUGAAAGUCUGAAACAGAACAGCUACACACAGCUGAGAUCGAUCUACACAGGAGUCAGCGUUAAAAAAAUCAACGUGCUGAACUUGGAAACCAAAACCCUUUUUAACAUUGAACCCCAUUGGGAAAACGUUACAAGUUAAUGGAAGUCAAAGAACGAGAUUCUCAUAGUUUGUUUGAGUGCAAGAUUAGCACCUCGUGGUAAAAAAAAAAAAAAAAAUUACCUUCCGUAAAUUUAUGGAACAUGAUUAGUUUUAAUGAAGUAAUCUGACUAACAUUUUACAAGCUAGUUUUGCAACUCUGCAACAGUUUCAGCGGGUGCACAAUGUAUGAACAAUGUAUUGGCAGAUUAUACUAUCAGUGCUGGUAUUACAAAGAGGGCUGGUUCACUUUGGCAUGUGAUUCUGCAGGUGUUCAAAGCAACAAGAAUCACAGAGAUGGGGAUAAGACUCCCAUUGCAUUGCACUUUGAUCUGGUUUUACUAUAAGUUUAAUAAGAUAUACCUGAGCGUACACUAUGUAUAAUCAAGCUUGUAGUGAAACAGCUACGCAAUACAAGCCUUAUUUCCAUCCCUGAAUCAGGACAUCAUCACUGUCUUGGCUGCCAAAUGGAAAAGUGCAAUGUAGGCAAAAGACAAACUAGUUUACACUCCUGGCUGCAUCAUCUAAUCUGCAUCAUAUCACUUGCUGCUGCUAAAAAUAAUGUAUGUAUUUAUGUUUUGGUGAACACUCUUGAAACCUGCUGGCCUAUGAAGCAAACUCUGCUAAGAAGCAUUUCAUUCGAGGCUCAGGAAACAGCAUUCAGGAAUCUGAGGACACUCCAUCGUGGUAUUGUUUGAAUGAGGAGGCAGGUCAGCCCUGUAGCAAAUAAACAUGAUGAAGACAGGAAAACAGCACCCAGAUGCACAGACAGAUGACACUGAGACAAGAAAACAGCACUGUGAUGACACAUGGGGUUGCAGUGAAGUUUGUUGGACAGAAAUGCAGAAGUUUACUGUAGUAUAACAUUGUUAACCCCAAAGGUAUACAAGGACAGCUGUUCAAACAUUUCUAAAUACAGAGUGACACCAGGAGGAAACUGACAAUUUGGAUGAUCCAACCUGUCAGGAUAUUUUAAACCCGUUUCAUGCACCUCAUUGCAAAAAUAAGAAAGUAUCAUUUUUUAUUUUUUUUUUGGGACACAUAUGUCCCUUGUACCUUAAAGAGUUGAAGCAUAGCAAUGAGUAGAAACAGUGUAGCACGGACGGGCCAAAAGGCUGUUUCUCGAUCUCAAACUUUUCUUAAGUUCUUAUGUUCUGUUUGAAAUAUUCAUGGGGAAGUGUCUCUGUAUGUGGAAUAUUGUAUCAAACCUCACAAUUCUGCCCAAAACAGACUUUUUCUUUUCCCUUCCAAAGAAGGUCGUGAUCACGCAGGUGGAAAACGUAAUGGUGGUGCCUCAAGCUUAACUUACACUAGCUUUGUAGUUCAUACUGUGAGAAUAUUGAGACUUUGUUUCAUAUAUCUUUCAGGGACUUUAUUAAAUGGAAAAUUAAUGAUACCUAAUGUUGCAACUGUUUACUGAUUUUCUCUUGAACAAGCCAUGACACAAACCUAAUAAAGGGCAACUGUUGAAUUGUAUUAUUCAUUUUAGUAUAGCAUAUAUAUUGUUUAUGUGCUUGUUCUGUCUGUAAAAAAGUUCUUAGUCAAACAAAAUGUUAUAUAUAAGAUAA